AUGCCGCCUAUACAAUGUCCGUACUGUGAAGACGCGAACUUUUUCGGGUCCAAAGGCCUGAAGCUGCACCUCUCGCAAAAGAAGACGUGUCGUGAUGCUAUGGACCAAGUAGUAGCGGCGGCAGCAUCGCAGGCUGGAGGCAUCAACACAGUCACCAGCUCGAACACCACAUACGACCUUCCUCCCGACAUUCCUCCACCCAACGACGCCCUGGAAGAGGAACCACAACGGACGACACCGCCGCAAGGACCCUUCGUGACCGCAUAUCCGCCCGAUCGCGCAGCAGGAGCACGCCUACGCCGAGGGAAAACACCCUUCGGAGAGAUCAGAGAUACACAAGCCGAGCACGGUCUGCCCCCCUACGCACCGUUCGGCAGCCUUGACGAGUGGGAACACCUUCGAUGGCUCGUCACAAGUGGGACGAGCCAGCGCAAGAUUGACGAAUAUCUGAAGAUGAAGUCGGUUCAUGCGAUAGGACUGCCGUAUCAUAACAAGGCGAGCUUCUUUCGUGCGGUUGAUCAGCUGCCACAAGCUCCUGGGUGGUCGUGCCGCAGUUGGACUGUGAAGGGCAACGUCGUGGGCAAGGACGGCGCGGUGGAGACCGAGAAUGUCGAGCUCUGGCUGCGCGAUCCUAUCGCAUGCAUCCGUGAGCUUCUCGGCAACCCGUCGUUCAAAGAUCAUUCGACCUACGCACCUUAUCGAGUAUACGAAAGACUCAAUGACCAAGGCGAGGGCGUGAAUCGCGAGUACGAUGAGAUGUGGACGGCGAACUGGUGGUGGGAAGUCCAGGAUAAGCUGGGACUGAACGCGACCGUCUGCCCCGUCAUCCUGUCCACGGACAAGACGCAGCUGUCAGCCUUCAGCGGCGACAAGCAGGCGUGGCCGGUGUACCUGACGAUUGGGAAUAUUUCGAAGGAUAUUCGUCGUCAGCCAUCGUCGCGCGCCACCGUGCUAGUGGGAUACUUGCCUGUCUGCAAGCUCACUUGCUUCCGCGAGAAGGAGCGCUCGUUGGAGGGAUACCGUCUCUUCCACGAAUGCAUGUCGCAGAUCCUCGACGGGCUCGUGACGGCUGGGCAGGACGGCGUGGAGAUGACUUGCGCGGACGGAUGGGUUCGCCGCAUUCAUCCGAUCCUCGCCGCGUACAUCGCCGACUAUCCGGAGCAGUGUCUGGUGUGCUGCAUCCGCGAGAACUCUUGUCCGUGCUGCAAAAUCAGUCCUGACGACCGCGGGAAGGGGCCGCCUUUCGACCGCCCGCCUUUGCGAAAGCAGGCUGAGGCGAUGACGGUGCUUACGGCGCAGGCCGCAGGCAACAACCCUCCCGCGUUCGACGCGCUCAACCUGCGCGCCGUCAAGCCCUUCUGGCAUAACCUCCCGCACACCGACAUCUUCUCCUGUAUGACGCCCGAUCUCCUGCACCAAGUGCACAAAGGUGUCUUCAAAGAGCACGUCGCUAAGUGGUCAACAUUAGCCAUCGGUCUUCCACGCGAAGAACUGGAUGAGAGCGCACGGAAGAGGGAAAUGGAUGCCCGCUACCAGGCCACGCCGCUCCAUCACACGCUGCGCCACUUCAACAAGGGCAUCUCUCGAACAACGCAGUGGACUGGGAAGGAACAGAAGGGCAUGGAGAAAACUUUCCUUGGGACCCUCGAUGAGGCAGUGGAUGUCGAGGUUGUUCGGGCUAACCGCGGCCUCCUCGACUUCAUCUAUCUCGGCCACUUCGAGCGACACACGGACGAGUCCCUAUCCGAGAUCUCGAAAGCAUGCGCUGUCUUCCACAAGCACAAGGAUAUCUUCAUUGAGCUCGGCAUUCGGGAGCACUUCAACAUCAGCAAGAUCCAUGCACUGCUGCACUACGCGGAUGCGAUACGCUCACGGGGGACUGCUGAUGGGUUCAACACGGAGGGGACCGAGCGCCUGCACAUCGACCUCGCCAAGAUGGGGUACAGGGCGUCAAACCGCAAGCAAUACUCUGCGCAGAUGACGAAGUGGUUAGCGCGGCAGGAAGCGGUCUGGCGGUUCGACACGUACCUGCUCUGGGCCAUGCCUGGCUAUGAUGCGCUGCGUGGGGAUUCACCUAACGACCACGAUGACGAUGAAGACGUCGAUGGCGACGACGAUGAGGAGGGGGGCGAGGAUAUGCGUAGUCGUGCCAUGGAAGGGGGCGAUUUGGAGGUUGAGCCCGGCGCCGCCACCAUGGGGGAGGACGGUGAGGAUGAGGAGAUGUUUGAUGAGGAGAAUUACGCCGUGGCUAAGACCGCGGCAUUCCCACGACUGUCGUUGGCUUCUAUCUUUCGCGACUACGACGUCGACGAACUCGCCUUUCACCUCCUCGGCUUUCUCGACAAUGAAGGCAUCACCCCGCUGCGUACGGACCUUGGUCUGGACUCUCCUAUCCGGUUUCCUGUAUACAAGCAGGUCAGCCUCAAGCUCCAACAUCUUCCCGAGGCCGCAUCCGAAUCUAUAGACGACAAGGUCCUUGCAAUGCCACCGAAGCCGCGUCGCGUCUCCAAGAUGGGUGUCGUAGCUCAAGAAUCCCCAGCGCAGUUUAGCACAGUACUCGUCAGGGAGCGUGCGGCGAAGGAGGACGGGGGUCCUCUAGAUGGACUUACUCCCGCGCGCGUGCGACUCCUGUUCAAGCUCCCCAAUGCCAUCGGCUCCUACCCACAUCCUCUAGCAUAUGUCGACUUUUACACUCCGCUUUCCGAUAGCGCAGCUUACAACACCGACCUCGGGAUGUUUCGCAUCAAGCGCGCGACGCGCCAGGGAGUUCAGCAUUCCGCCGUCAUCCCAGUGACCAAUAUCGUUCGCUCCUGUCAUCUCAUCCCCCAGUUCAAACGGUCCGUCGAUCGGACUUGGACUGCCACCAACGUCCUGGAUGAAGCACCCCAUUUCUACCUGAAUCCUUACCUACGCCAUCAUGACUUCUACCUACUUCGUUACCUCUACGAACGUUAUCGCCGUGAACGCGAGCGCCUCGAGCGAGAACGUCAGGAACAUGACCGCCUAGCCAGCGCUUCAAGCGCCCGAGCGCGUCCUGCACCGACAGAUCUACCUCCCGCCAAACGAAGGAAGCGCCGUCGUUAG